GAGAGUCAGUGUGUUGCCGUCAGCACAGAGAGUGUGUGUCGGUGUGUGUGAGCGAGUUAGUGGAGGGUUAGUCCGCUUUGUUUGAUUGUCUUCUCUCCCUCGCUUGUGUAGACAUGGACAUAUAAGAUGAGCCGGGCAGCCGCCGGCUCCUCCUGACCACCGGGAAAUGAAGCGUCUCUGUCGGAGGCUGUCGGUGAGCGUGGCGGUGCUCGUGUGGCUGGGAGCGCUGGUUUACCUGCUGGUGCUCAGCCGGAGGAGGCUGCCAGAGCUCGGGACCGGAGGAGGGGGACCGGGAGGACCGGGAGGAGAGGCAGCAAACAGCCAGAUCUCGGAUGCGGAGUGGGAGGACAUGUUGGAGGCCUUCGAUGAGCGCGGUUACCUGGGAGUGAGGCGAUGGAAACCUGGAGACGAUCCGUACACACUGUACGCCUUCAACCAGAGGGAGAGCGAACGCAUCCCCAGCAACAGAGCCCUGAGGGACACCCGCCACUACAGAUUAUGGAACCAAACACGUUUUCCCCAGAAUGAAACUCCUCCAGAUUACCACCCGUGCGUCCGCUAA